GUGCUGUAGCAGACAGAAGUGCAUGGUACGGUGUGCGUGUGUUGGGAAGUCAAUGAGAAGGGGGUAUAGAUGUACGUGUAAUAUGUGAAUUGGAAUAAAAGGCUGUAUUGUCUUGGUUUCGAAACAGGAUUCGUUGCGUGAUUAAGUUGGUAUUGAUGAGAUUCAGUACAUCGGCGGAGGAAGAUGAAUUUUGUUGCGCUUACCGCCUUUGUUUACUGCCUUGUUCUUGGAGCUGGAACCACUGCCAAGGAAAAGAAAUCAAAGUCGGUAACGACAUUAAUAGAUGCUAAAUGGGAAAUAACUCCCCUUGUCCUGGAAGUCGCGGAAUAUUUGGCCGACGAAAAUGUGGCAUAUAUGUGGGAAUUUAUCGAUUCCAUUUGUGGAAUGGAUUUGCCACUUUCAAAUAUCAAAAUGGAUAAGACUCGCCAUGAAACAAUACUGUCAAAAGCUGCAGAGUUGGUCACACCAGCCCAAAUAUCAGUUCUGAAAUUAGCUCUUGCACUACAUACGUAUUCUCCAAAAGUGGAAAUGUAUACUCAGAUGGCCAUGGAAAGAGGACUGCUUUCUACCGACUGUUCCAUAGCAGCUGAUGUUGCUGGGAAUCUAGUCUGUAAUCUUGAGGAUGUGGAGAGAGCCAUCAGUGAUAAUAAGCAAAAUGAAAAUGUGGUUCAGCCAGAAAUAUUUGACUUGGAUCACCAUUAUCCAUCUUCUGAGAACAACUCCCUGACAGUAAUUUUAUAUGGUGAAUUGGGCACAACUGAUUUUAAGAAGUUUCAUGAAGUAUUGAAAAGAUAUGCCCUCAGUGGAGAAAUUGAUUAUGUUGUGAGGCACUUCGUGAAAGAUCGACCAGAGAGGAAAGUACGCCUUUCAGGUUAUGGUGUAGAAUUACAAAUAAAGUCAACAGAAUACAAGGCUCAGGAUGAUACAAAAGUGAGAGGAGACUCUAGUGAUAGUGGAGAACAGGAAGAUGAAGAGGAAGAAAUAGAAGGCUUCAACAUAAGCAAGCUAAAGAAUCUUUACCCAGACAUGAAGGAGAAUCUUGAAAAAUUCAGGCAACACCUUGUAGAAUCGAGCAGUGAGUUAGCACCACUGAAAGUAUGGCAAGUACAGGAGCUUAGUCUACAGGCUGCUGAAAGAAUAAUGGCUGCACCCCGUGAAGAAGCUCUCAAAGUUCUUACACAUACUGCUCAGAAUUUCCCUUUACAGGCACGCUCUCUAGUAAGGACUAUUGUAAGAGAUGAAUUGAAACAAGAAAUCAAAGAAAAUCAGGAUAUUUUUGCCUCUUCUUUAAACCUCCAGCCAUCAGACACAGCCCUGUUCUUAAAUGGAAUGUUCUUUGAUCUUGACAUAGUUGAUGUUAUAUCACUCUUGGAGGUGGUUAGGCAAGAACUGAGAGUUAUGGAAGGUUUGCACAAAAUAGGUGUACCUGCCACGCAGAUGGGUUCUUUGUUAGGCCUUGACUUCUCUCGUACCUCUUCAAGUCCAGAAUUUGCCAUUGAUAUUAGAGACUCAGCAGUUACCUGGGUAAAUGAUAUUGAGCAAGACAAACAGUAUCGUAGAUGGUCUGACACAUUGAUGGAAUUACUCCGUCCCACAUUCCCAGGCAUGCUGAGGAGUGUGCGUCGCAACUUAUACCAUUUGGUUAUCAUAACAGAUCCAGCCAAGCAUGAAGCACAGCCUCUGCUAAAAUUAGCGGAAUCUUUUUACUUGCACCCAGCUCCACUGCGAAUUGGUUUGGUGUUUGCUGUUAAUCCAGAUUCAAAAGUAACAGGUCUUGAAGAUGCUGGAGUUGCUCUCCUCAAUGCCUUCAAUUACAUGAUGGAAACAAAGGAUGCCUACCAUGGUCUUGCCUUUAUCACUGAUGUAUAUGCAGCAGUAAAAGAAGAACGAGAUGUAACAGUUGAGGAUGUUGUGAAAGCUCUAAGUGCAAAGGUUUCCUCUACUGAAGUGGACGAAAUACUUGGGGAAGAUACUGCAUAUGACACAGGCCGGAAACUUGCAAAAGAUUUUGUCACUAGGUCUGGUUUCAGAACUCUUCCACAGGUUCUCAUGAAUGGAAUACCACUGCCUGAAAAAGUGUUAAACUCAAAUGACUUUGAUGAAGCUGUUCUUAAUGAAAUAAUGAGUCAGUCAGCAAUUUUUCAGAAAGCAGUGUACAAGGGUGAGCUCACAGAUGCUGACAAUACUUUGGAUUUUAUCAUGAACCAACCUCAUGUUAUGCCCAGGUUGAAUGAGCGAGUGCUAGGUCAAGAUUCUAAAAGCUAUUUGGACAUGAUGGGGACAGCUCGAUCUGUAGAUUCCUUUGAAACACUAUCUCCACGUGAUAAAACGGCUACACUUCUGUCUUCUGGUUUACUUCGGUACUUCAGUCACAAGCAAAUGGAUCGAGGCAAAGCUCUGCACAUCCUUUCAUACUGGGUUGUUGUGGAUCUCCAGACAGCCAAAGGCAGGCAACUGCUAUUAUCUGCAUUGGAACAAAUGCAAUCGAGUGGAAAUAUCCGUGUGGGUCUCCUAUUAAACCCAGAAGCUGAUGCCACUGAACAGCAUUUGAACAUGUUAGCUAUGACUGCUCUGCGAGUACUGAAACCUCCACAAGCAACAAAGCUAAUGUCUUCAAUACUUACUGAUGAACAAUCAGCACAAGCCAUUGCUGCUGGCCAGAAGGAUAUAAGUGAUAUAAAUGUAGCAGGAAUUGAUGUGCCUGAACUGGUAGCAACUAUGAAGAAAGAUAGAGCCAUUUAUCAAAGAGAGCUAGCUCUCCACAAUGAUUUCUGCAAGACUGUACUGAAGAUUGCCAGUGGUGCCAGAGCAGUUAUAGCUAAUGGCCAAAUGGUUGGUCCAUUUGAAACAGAUGAAGACUUCAUAUCAGAUGAUUUCUCUCUGUUAGAAAGAUACAGCAUGAACAGCUAUGGUGAAAAAAUUAUGGAAGUCUUGAAGGAAAAUGUCCUCACUGAAGAGGAAGAUCUUAUUGAGAAUAGCGAUGUGCUGAUGCAAGCUGUUGGCUUGCUGGUAUCAAGACAACAAACAAGAAGUCGAUUUGACAUACCUGUCAAGAGAGAGCUCUAUAGUGUUCUGAAACUACCUCCUCGUUCUGAAUCUGAACCAGUCUUUGAAAUUGCUGUGGUUGUUGAUCCAGUGUCUCGUGGAGCCCAAAAAGUGGGCCCAAUCCUCUCCAUUCUCUAUGAAGUCCUGAACUGCAACAUUAAGGUGUACCUUAAUUGUGUUGAGAAGAACAGUGAUAUGCCACUCAAAAGUUUUUAUCGAUUUGUGUUGGAACCAGAAAUUCAGUUUGGUCCAGAUGGUCAGAUGUCUGCUGGCCCGAUAGCUCGUUUCAACAACAUGCCAACUAGUGUUCUUCUAACUCAGAACAUGCAUGUACCAGAAAACUGGUUGGUUGAGGUGGUGCGCAGUCCAUAUGAUCUUGAUAAUAUUCGUCUGGAUGAUGUUGGAAGUGGUGUGCACAGUGAAUUUGAACUGGAAUAUCUGCUACUGGAAGGCCAUUGUUUUGAUGCUGUUUUGGGGAACCCACCAAGGGGACUACAGAUUACAUUGGGCACAGAGACACAACCUGUAGCUGUGGAUACAAUAGUUAUGGCUAACUUGGGCUAUUUUCAAUUGAAAGCUAACCCUGGAGCUUGGAUUCUGAGACUCCGUCAAGGUCGCUCAGCAGAUAUAUUCGACAUAGUAAGUCAUGAGGGAACAGAUACUCCUGCUGAUUCUGAGGACAUAAAAGUCUUAAUUAGCUCAUUCCGUAGUCAUGUCAUCAAAUUAAAAGUUUCGAAGAAACCAGGAAAACAGCACAUGGACUUGCUCGCUGAAGAUGAUCAGAAUUCUGGAAUAUGGAAUUCAAUAACAAGCACAUUUGGAUCGAAGUCUGAUGAUGAGGUAGAAGAUAAAUUGAAUAUUUUUUCUUUGGCAUCAGGACACUUAUAUGAACGUUUCUUACGCAUUAUGAUGCUAAGUGUCCUGAAGCAUACGAAAACACCAGUCAAAUUCUGGUUUCUGAAAAAUUAUCUCUCACCAACAUUUAAGGAUUUCCUUCCUCACAUGGCCCGUGAAUAUGGAUUUGAAUAUGAAUUGGUACAAUACAAAUGGCCAAGGUGGUUACAUCAACAAACGGAGAAACAGCGCAUCAUUUGGGGCUAUAAAAUUCUCUUUCUUGAUGUACUCUUCCCACUGGAUGUAAAGAAGAUUAUAUUUGUGGAUGCUGAUCAGGUUGUUCGAGCAGAUAUGCGUGAGCUACAACAACUUGAUCUUGGAGGAGCUCCAUAUGGCUAUACACCAUUUUGUGAGAGUAGACGCGAAAUGGAUGGUUUCAGAUUCUGGAAACAGGGCUAUUGGCGUAACCACUUGCAAGGGCGCCGGUAUCAUAUUAGUGCACUCUAUGUUGUAGAUCUGCGUAGAUUCCGUCGAAUAGCAGCUGGUGAUCGGCUCAGGGGUCAGUAUCAGGCUCUUAGCCAAGAUCCCAACUCCCUCUCUAACCUGGAUCAGGAUCUACCAAAUAAUAUGAUCCAUCAGGUUGCCAUAAAAUCUUUGCCUCAGGAAUGGCUGUGGUGUGAAACUUGGUGUGAUGAUGACUCCAAGAAAUAUGCUAAAACAAUUGAUCUAUGCAACAACCCACUGACAAAGGAAGCAAAAUUGACUGCAGCCAAUAGAAUCAUUUCAGAAUGGAAAGAGUAUGAUGAAGAAAUUAAAAAACUCCAAAAGAAGAUUGAUGAAACACACACGGAAGAGGGUAUCAACAUUGAAGGUGUUCGAAUAGAGCCAAAUCUACACAGUGUACAUUCUGAAUUAUGACAGUUCCUGUUGGUGGUUAGUGUGUUAUAUGUUUUCUGUGACUGUAAGAUUGUUGUUAUAUGAAUGAGUGUCCUCUAUUCUCAGCUCAUCAGGUAAUUUAAUCUGUAAAUAAAUGAAACAAAAACAGUAUUUUUAGCAAUUGGUGCAAGAAGUCUUUGAUCUCUGGUAUUAAGCGCAAAUCAAAGAAAGCUCUUUCUGUGUGCUGUUGGAUGUCUUAAACACUAUUUGUAUGAAAUGUGAAUACUUGCAAACAGUGUGGUAGGUAUGUUUUAAGGGACAUGAGAGGAAAAACAGCAGACAUAACUAUAGGACAUGAUUAGUAAAGAGUAGCAUCAUUAGGGAACAAAACUUUUUGCUGCACGUAACCUGUCUGAUACAGGUUUUCAUAGUCUUUCUUCCAGCAGUUUAAUUGACCUCGUAGAUUUUGAAAUUGAGACUGUGGCAGCAUUUUUCACUCAUUUUU